CAAUCCAACCACACAGUCCGAGCAGGAGAGUUGUGGAUUUCGGAGUGAUCACGUCUAUCAAUUAGUCAAAGUACCGUAUCGCGUUCGGUGGUGGAUUUGCUUGCAUCUGUGCUCCGCUGUGAUGUGUGUUGUGUGGCCUAGAGGUGUGCUGUCAAAGAAAGGGCCAAACUUUUCGCACGGUGGAUGCUGGAAACUUCUUGCAACAGUGGAUCAUCGAACCACCCAUCACUGGGGAAUCUCGGAGCUAGCUGGAGUGUGAGCCAGUCGCCAGCCAGCUCGGAAGAGCCCUUUGCUCGGUGUGUCUACACCUGGGGACUUUUUUCCUUCUCGAUAUUUAUCUAGGCCACACCAAUAUUUCGCUCUCGCGGGUAGUGUCGGCUGCUCCGUAGAAUCGGUCGGUCAUUCGUGCAGUCAGAAUAAGCCCCCCAAAAAUCCAGUGAGACAGAGGCUCGUAUCGUUCGGUGAAUAGGAUAAGAAGGCUGCAGUUGUUCAGUGGAUUGUGAUUGAUUGGUGUGACAGAAGAAUGGUGUUCUAUCGUUAUGUUAUAUUGUUUCCUGAUGUGUUAUUUGAGUUCCGGAAGAUGCUGAUUUAGAUUUUUUUCCUGGCAAUUAAAAUCCCGGCAAUUUGAAACAAGUGUCCAGAACGUCUCCUAAUGAAAAGAUGAACGGUCAUUAUGACAUAAGCGAUGUUGUGAUAACUUUGUCGGUCGUAUAACACACUGAAAUAUUUGUGUCAAUCGUUUUGGGAGUUAUAAAAAUGUCUUUUGCGAAAAAUAUUUUAAAGUUCAUGUUGAUUGGGUUCUACCUUUCGGCCCCUUAAAUAAGGGAAAGGAAGUAGAAUAGAACUUUUUGAUUCGCUGAUCGAUGACAUUGAGCAGCAAUCCGGUGGAAUGAUGUCCACUGCUUUCCACAGUGUAUCCAAAUAAACUCGACCCCACCGUCAUUGCGAGACCAUUUGUAAACAGGACCCAGCUUUUAAAAUGUGAAUCUCUCACAAAGUGUCUAAUCUUGAACAUAGCGGAUGUUCUACAAUUGUUAUGUGUAUUUAAAUGAAGUGUUUUGCAGUCAUGUAGAUAUCAGUCAGUUUUAGUGCAACAUUCGUAGAUUAUGUAUUCAGAUGCAUGCAGUUUGGAAUGACUUGACCUACGAGUAAACAUACACACAGCGAUAUACGCAAAGGAAAGAGAGAGGGAGAAGAACUCCAUCAAAGCAGCUUACUCCCGUGAAAGGAAGCGAACAUUUUAUUACCGAAAGGCACGAACGUUUAUAAACAUCGUACUGGUCAUCUUAGAGGAAGGAAAUUUACGUGUGUGUUUCAAUUAAAACUGACACUCAAAGUAUUUUAUUGUGCUACAUCGUCUAGUCCGGCUAUUUACGAUGGCGUUCUUGGAGGCGUAGAAACUGGCCACAAAGAAUGACCUUCACUCGCUCAGCUUCAGAACCGCCGAAGUUCGAAACGUACAUAAUGGAAAUGCGACUGGUUGUUGAAUGGAAACAAUUAUUGAAAAUCGAGAUUACGGGUUCAAAGCACAUCACGGUGGCCGGUUUGGAAUUUGCUGUGGUUGAUUCCCGAUCGAGAUCAGGUGCUCAUUGUUUGUAAUUAGUGGGUCAAUUGCGGUGGGAGAAAUAUUGGUAGAUUGCAGCUUGGGCGCAUUGAAAAUCGGCCACUCUAGCGGGAGUAAUGGAAAGGAGAUGUGGUGUGUAAUUGAGUGAGUGUGUUGUUGAUAUACAUAAAUAUAAAAGUAUCGAGUAAUCGAAGAGUAGACAUGGCUUCCUCAUCGGUGACGCUGAGCGCGGAAGGAAGCGGCAAACAGCAGCAAUCACCGCGAAGUACUAGUACUAUGGCAGCGGUAAAUCCAACGGCCGUGAAACUGGGAACAAUGGAGGUUCCGAAAGCGCUACAGGAAGGCGAAAAAUUUCUCAAAUGGGAUGAGGACUCCUGCAACGGAACCCCGGUGACAGUUCGCGUAGAUGCAAAGGGUUUCUACCUAUACUGGGUUGAUCAGAACCAUGAGAUGGAUCUGCUUGACAUCGCAACGAUCCGGGAUGUUCGAACGGGUCAAUAUGCCAAAAAACCCCGGGACAUAAAACUGCGACAAAUCGUCACGAUGGGUUCGCAGGAUACUCUGGAGGAGAAAACAGUCACCGUGUGCUACGGAGCGGACUUUGUCAAUGUCAGCUUUAUGAACUUUUGCUGCACCCGGAAGGAGAUUGCGAAGUUAUGGUGCGACGAGUUGAUUCGGAUGGCUUACAAUCUGACGCAGCUGAACGGGCCCGCGAUAAUGUUCCUUCAGAAGGCGUACACCAAACUUUGCCUGCAGGUUGACAAGAGCGGGAAAGUUCCAGUGAAAAACAUCAUCAAAACGUUCGCCACCAACAAGGACGAUCGGCGGCGCGUAGAGAAGGCCCUCGACGUUUCCGGAUUGCCAUCGGGGAAGGGUGACACGCUAGCACUAUCCAAGUUUCAUUUUGAAGACUUUUUCAAUCUGUACAAAAACCUCACCCAGCGAGGCGAAGUGGAGAAAGUGUACGAUGAACUGGUCGGAACUUCCAAGCGGCGCCUCAUGUCCACAUCGCAGCUGGUGGACUUUCUGAACAAAACACAGCGCGACCCUAGGCUUAAUGAAAUUCUACAUCCGUACGCAAAUACGGCACGGGCCCGGGACAUAAUCCAGGAGUACGAGCCGAACAAGUUCAACGCCCAGAAGGGACAGCUUAGCUUCGAUGGUUUUCUGAGGUACUUGAUGUCGGAGGAUAAUCCAAUCAUGGCAGCGAGCAAGCUCGAUCUUUGCGAUGACAUGGAUCAACCACUAUCUCACUACUUUAUCAACUCGUCGCAUAAUACCUACCUAACCGGGCAUCAACUUACCGGGAAGAGUUCGGUGGAGAUUUACCGGCAAAGUUUGCUGGCUGGAUGCAGAUGCGUCGAAUUGGAUUUCUGGAACGGCCGCACUGAGGAGCCAGUGAUUGUCCACGGCUACACCUUCGUCCCGGAGAUCUGCGCCAAAGAUGUACUAGAAGCAAUAGCUGAAACAGCGUUCAAGACAUCCGAAUUUCCUGUGAUAUUGAGUUUUGAAAACCACUGUAACCCAAGGCAGCAGGCAAAGAUAGCAAAUUACUGUCGUGAUAUUUUUGGAGAUAUGUUACUAGAUAGGCCCAUAGACACCCACCCUCUCGAACCCGGAACGGAUCUACCCCCACCGUCGGCGUUGAAGCGUAAAAUCAUCAUUAAGAAUAAGAAAAAACACCACCACCAUCAUCAUCACCAUAAAAAGGGCACAGCGACUAGUCCGCUAGCGGCAGGAGCACUGACAGCGGUGGUGGCGAAUAGCAAUAUAACCAGCACCGCCGCGAACACCAACAAUAAUGUCAGCAAUAACGUAAACGCAAACACCAGUUCCGCCUCACUAAUGGCGACCGCAGCGGCCGGAACGGCAACUCUGAUUACCACCGGCACCGGGCACAGUAGUGUAGCAGCCAGUGCAAGUUUGCAACCGCAGCAAUCCAGGGAGGAAAAUGCCGCCACUGGCACGCCCAGCACCAAUAGCAGCAGCAUCAACAACACCCCAAUCAUCGCCACCACUAUCACCACCACCAGCACCGCUAGCGUCGCCAGCGCACAGGCAGUAGUGACCGGUAAUGGCGACGUACCGCACCAUGCACCCCCACUACAGCAAAUUCGCCAGAGUUCAAAGGAGAGUACCGGGUCAUCGGACACGGACAGUUCCAGCGAGGAUGAAUCGAUGCCGGGAGUACCAGUCGGAAUAACCACCGAAGCGGACAAAGUGCCGCAGACCAAAGAGACUGAAGCGGGGGCGGAAAUUUCCGCCCUCGUGAACUACGUUCAACCUGUACAUUUUAGUAGUUUUGAGAACUCCGAAAAGAAAGCACGCUACUACGAGAUGUCUUCAUUUGAUGAGAAACAGGCAACCACGCUGCUGAAGGAGCGACCGAUUGAGUUUGUCAACUACAACAAACAUCAGCUGUCGCGUGUCUAUCCGGCGGGGACGCGUUUCGACAGUUCCAACUUUAUGCCACAGCUAUUCUGGAACGCCGGAUGCCAACUGGUGGCACUCAACUACCAGACCCUUGAUCUCGCUAUGCAACUUAAUUUGGGUUUGUUUGAAUACAAUCAUCGGUGCGGGUUUCUUCUAAAGCCAGAAUUUAUGCGACGUAAGGAUCGACGGUUGGAUCCAUUCGCCGAGAGCACGGUCGACGGUAUCAUUGCGGGCACCGUGAUAGUGACGGUAAUUUCCGGCCAAUUCAUGACGGAUAAAAAAGUCGGCACUUACGUUGAGGUAGACAUGUUUGGUCUACCGGCCGAUACGGUGAGGAAAAAAUUCCGUACCAGAAUAGUGCGAGACAACGGUAUGAACCCGAUCUACGGUGAAGAUCCGUUUGUGUUCAAGAAAGUUGUGCUACCUGAACUGGCGAGUAUCAGGAUAGCAGCAUACGAGGAAGGUGGAAAACUGAUUGGGCAUCGUGUGCUUCCGGUGAUUGGACUUUGUCCGGGGUUCAGACACCUAACGCUGCGAACGGAAAUGGGUCAACCUAUACCAUUAGUGACGCUGUUUUUGUCGAUUGUAGUGAAGGAUUACGUUCCUGACGGACUAUCUGAGUUAGCGGAAGCGUUGGCCAAUCCAAUCAAGUAUCAAAGUGAACUUGAAAAACGAUCAGAACAACUGGCCGUGCUGCAGGAAGACAUGGAACCGGUAGAGGAAGAUUCGUUUGUGGUUAUUUCCUUAGGUGCCCGAAAGGAUACGCUGAAGGCUAGUGACGUGUCCGGAAGCCCGAAACAUCGACCGAGCGUGCAUGCAGCAGGCUCCGCCGAUCUUGUUCCCCACGAACGGGAAGCAUCACUGGAGGUAAUCUCUAAAGUUGUAUCCUUACCGGUGGCACAACCUUCACUCGAUCAUCCUAGUCCACUGUUGGUUAAGCAAACCACCAUUCAUCAACAGCAAGAGCGACAGCAAUCGGUUCAAAUUGCUGAUCAGUCCGAUGCUGGUAAGAUUGUGGCGGAGCCGUUGGAAAAAAUCUUCGAAGAUAAACAGGUGCGUAAAAAACGGGAAGCGUUGGAAAAGGAGCUAAAGGCGCUGAAAAAGAGUCACGAUAAGGAUAAGAUCAAGGUGACUUCACAGAAAAGUGGUGACCUCAAUGACGGUAUCAAAAAGAGUAAGUUCGGCAUGGGCAAUAAAUUGGUCAAAAGGUUCAGUAGUAAAAACAUGGCCGACAUGAAUAUUCGGAUACCGCCGUGUUUAACCGAAGCAGACAUGUGCGACAACAGUACGCAUGCGGAAAGGUUGAAACAGAUUUGUCGUGAUCAUUCGAGCAGUUUUCGGGAGGUGCUGGAAAAGUAUCACGAGGUGAUUUACAACUUGGCUGAGGAUCUGCUGCGGCAAUCACAGGAGAAUCAGAUGAAACAAAUGAAGGCCCAAUUAGAACGGGAAACCAGUGAAGUGAUGAGGCAGCUGCAGUUGUCGAGAAAAAACGAAGUAAAACAACUUGCACAGGUUCACAAAGACAAGGAUGAGCUAGAAAGGAUGAAACGAGAAGUUGACUCGACGCUAGUGGAAAAGGGUGUCGCGGAACGCGUCCGUCUUACCGCAACUUACGAACGAAAACGAGACGAAUUACAGCGGCAACACGAUCAAGUGAAACAGGGACUUGAAGAGCACCGGUUGAAGGCUAAGGCAAUGCUCGACAAAGAAGCAGAAUCUCAUGCGUGCAUAUCGGAAACGUUCUUGGCACAUUUGUACACCAGCAGCAGUAGCAGCUCAACGAUGGCCACUCUGCCACCGACGUCGCUUUCCAGCGGCAACCUUUGCACUAGUGCCUGUGGUGGAGGAGGCGCGUCCCUAGCGACGGCCAUCACUAAGUCUGUUUCCUCGUCGAACGCACACGAAAACAAUGUUAACAAUACUCACGUUCAGCUGGAGUGAUAUGCUUAAGCUAGUCAUUUUAGUUUCUAGGGAAGGAAACGGUAAACUAUAACGUUUCGGUGGGCGGAAUAAGAUCUGCGGCAACAUACUGCCCCAACUCGGGCAGGUAGUGGUUUUAUUAGCUGAAGGGUUGAGCUUCUAUAUCUCGAUUGGACUGAAGUUUUAGGGUAGUACGAACUAGGUUCGUCAGCUAAAGUAUUUUUGGCGAUUCUUCUUCCGACCUUUGUACAAAACGGAAUUCCAUUUUUUUUGCUGGACGGAAACUACUGGCCUAACUAACAUAACAUGAUCUAAACGGUUGAGCAGUUAUUCGCUGCGGGCUGUACAUACAUGCUUUGAAUCUAAGCUGGGUUUUAAAAUUGUUUUCAUACCCUUAAUAAUUGAUUUCAAAAAACUUGACGUUGAACGUCUGAUUUAGUUAAGGAUUUCAUAAUCCGCGAAUCUACAAAAUAUGACAAUUGUGAAGGUAAAAAUAAUAAAAAAUGAAAACAGGCAACUCGUUGACGGGUAAAAAUAAGUUUAAUCUAAAAUGCAAACUGAUAAGCAUUAAAUAAAUAUGCGAGAGUGAAGAGAAAUUCGGAAAGAUAGUUGCACAAUGGUAGAUGACUAGAAGCAGCAGUAUUUUGACUAUUGUAUGAAUUUAGACAACAAAAUCGCGAUAGGAUUAUUCUGGAAAAAGGGAUUCGAUCGUUGAGAGUAUACUGUGUUGACAGUGCAGGGAUAAACUCAAAACAAUUAUAAAUUUAAUUUAACCCUUAAAUGCAUGAAACUCAUUUUUCUUUGGUACUCAUUUUUCAGUAUGGAUAUAAUAUUUACCUCUUGUUAGCCUCAACAUGGCAGAACUCGGUAUGUUGCAACAGUGUGCAUUUAAGGGUCAAUAGUUUAUUUUGAACCGACAUGCAUUGGCCUGUUAAAAAGUUGGUUGAACUUGAAAUCUGACUUUAUAAUUGUUAAAUUUAUAUAACUGAAAUUGAAAAUGUUUGCUGCAACACCGCAUGGAUUUAUGAAUAAGAGAGCGAGUAGGGUGACCAAAUGUAGUGGUUUCCUAGGACAUGUCCUGGUUUUGACUGAUUGUCGUGAUGUCCUGGGGCUUUGAGGAGUAUGCUUAAUUUGUCCUGGUUCUCCUCUAAGCCAGAAGACAUUUUUUUGCAACGUAAACAAAUCGAACCUGCUCCGGCCGUGGAUCAAACUCUGGACGCUAUCGAUGUUAAUGAAACGAUAAUUACCAGAGUUUUUUCAAGCCUGAAUUUCCACCACAACAUUUGAAAAUCGACGUUUUGGUACCUCCGCUUAUAUUUCUCUCGAGCAUUUGUUGUCAGUGGCAUAUUUCCAUCUAGCUGGCAAUCAGCAAACGUGUUUUCGGUACAUAUAUUAUUCAUUUAUUUAUUGUUAAAGCUUUAACCUCGAGGGCCAUUCACCUUUUUGAGAAUAAUAUACAUUCUGCCUUGGGUACGGGUAUAAGGCUUUUUGUAUAUAGGUAACACCUUGAGAUGAUCCGCCCUCGAAAGAUAAGUAAGAAGGUGUAGGUAGGCUCAGCCGCAUUCGUACCACCCGAACGUCGUCGAGAAUAGUAGAGAAAAUUUUUCUCCAAGUGUCGUUUGUGACAGAUUCCAAUGCUCCAUACUUCGACAUGAGUCUCGUGCUAGUACGUGGUACCAAAUCGUGUAGGUGAAUUUCCGUCAGAUCUAGGUCCAUAUUCACGGGUUUUCAUAUUCGACGUCGUGUUGCAUGUUGUUCUUCGCUGCGAAGCUUUUUGUCUCGGCUAAUGAGUUGAACGUUAUUAGUACUACUUGUCUCGUAUAAGGUAGUUGUAUGUGUAACACUUCUGUAAGCACAUGUUCCAUUUUCACCUUGACUAACUGUUCAUCAAUCAAGUCAAUCGCGAUUGUAGUGGGCUAAGAAGUAUUUUUUUUGUUUGCGUGCUAUUCACAAGCGGUGCGUUUUUUAUGGGAGAUGAGGAAGUAGACUGACCAGUAUAUAAAAAGGAAAAUAGGCGAGACGUCAAAAACUAUCGUGGAAGAAUUUCUGUCAAAUUUUUCAAGCUGAUUAUUACAGAACCUCUUAUGGAUCACUGUUAGCAAUAUCUUGGUGCCGAUCAACAUGGUUUCACGGUUGGACUAACCUUCUGUGCCUCACAUCCUACAAUACCCUACAUAAUAGAGAACAUGGAAUGUCGCGAUUAAUUGUUAUGUUAUGCACCAACCAAUCACCCGCUUUUGAUAAAUUUAAUAACGAUUUAACCAUCGAUAGAAUGCAGAUAUUUGAAAUUAAUAAUUUUUUGAGUUAUUUAGAUGCUACCUAACGAAUCGCAGGAUAGAGAUUGCCAGAUACCCACAUUUACUUCAACGUCAACAAAUACCCCAAGGAAGGCACCUCGAACUUUUGUUUUUUUUUCUGUUGUACUUCAACGUGUAAAUCUGACAAAAUACUCGGUGAUCUCAUUCACAUGAAAGAAAAACCCGGUUGGUUUGAGCUAUCUGCAGCAAAUGAACGCGAAUUUUUUUAGAACCAAAAUUUGCCAAACACGUUCACGAAAUCACGAACACGAAAUUUGCCAGACACGUUCGGUAGUACUGUCAUAUUGAUUUUGCAUCAACUAGGAAAUUAGUUUAAAAUUAUCUUUGGUUAUAAUUUAUUUUUCGGUGUAAUUGUCUCUAUAUAGUAGGCACUACGCUGCUCUAUCUUCUACCGACAUUUCGGUUUCGUUUGACAUACCAAAGGACACGUCACUGUCCACGGGAUUCGUCCAGCAGUAUUGUCGAUUGUGUUGUUCCUGUAGAAAUAUCCCCCUCGUAAGGAUGAGUGGUAGACUCUUAGAUUUACUCUCAUAGCUUACAUCCGUCACAACUAGUUUAGCUACUGGGCGACGGAAAAGCCCGUAAGACUUCUGAACUAUUGCUUCAUCAACGAAAACCACCAAGUGUCCAGAUUUAACAGUUUUUACUUCUCCAAACCGCUUUGUACAGAUAUUCGUGUAUCCGAGUGGUUUGGGGUUAAAGUUUCAAGAGGUAACGAUCGACUGUUCACAAAAGAUUCAGCCUCAACCAGCAUCGCUAAAUUUGCGAUUCUGCGGAAGGUUAAUCAGGGCAGUUUUGACGGAUUUUACCAUGCAUUCCCAAUAGCCUCUCAUAUGAGGCGCAUAAGGGGGAAUAAUAAAUCUGAAGUUUUGGGAUGCGUCCAUUGUCGUUAUGGAUUUUGAGAGGGUUUCUUCUACGACACAAACCGUCAGAUGCAUGAAAUGCAGGACUGUGUAGACAAUUCAUUUUCAACUUCUAAAUGCACCGCACGAAUGGUGACUCACCUUUUUGCGUUAGACCUUCCGACUUUUACCAGGAUUGGUCCAAGAUAGUCCAGGCCGACGAAACUAAAUGGGCGUUUACAUGGAGAUAAUCUUGCUGCAGGCAAUGGUGCCAUUCGUGGAAUAGCUGAACGUGCUUUCUGAACCAUACACUAUUGGCAUCCGUUUGCCUCAUAUUUGAUAAGAAAACGAAGCCUUGGUAUAUAAAAUUGUUGCCGCAGCUCGUUUCUAGACUAGUAACUUCGUGAGAUUUUGGAAGAAUCACUGGAUACUUACUCCGAAAUGCCCCUUUAGCCGCUCCUAUGCGCCUGUCUACACUCAUCGGCAAAAACCUCCUUUGCACCAGCUUCCACACCAAAUUUUCUCCGUCCCGUAACUCCUGCCGAGUAAGUCCGAUUCUAAGUAGUGUAUUGUAUUCUCUUUUUUAUGUUCCUUCCAACGAUUUAUCGCUCGUAUCACGAUUCCAGCUAGAAAAGCGAACAAAUCUAUUAGGGCGGACGGUAGUUCCUCUUGAUGAAGGUAACAAAAUAAAUGGCGUAUAACUGCUUGAACUCUACACUUUUGAAUUAGGCAAUCCAUGAGAUGUUUCUGAUCAGCUGGUUAUUUCUUCUGACGUUACUCCAGUGGGUGCGAUGUCCGACAAUAUCGUUGGUCGCAGGAGUAGACUUGCUGACAAGACCCACCGCUGAAUUGUCAAAUAAACGUGUGUGCCAUUUUUGUGACGAAGCGCUCAGGAAUUUCUUUGUGGGCGAAGAGUGAAUGAAGCAGGUUGAUGGUUGCUGUCGUGAUUCGACUAUUUGUUAAAACUUCCGGCCAUUUCCUAUAUUAGGGUUACCAAAUGGACUGAGAGCAAAUUAAGGACAUCCCUGCAAAAUGUUAUGCCAGUUAUGUCACUUGAGCCACAAUUCUGAAAAAAACAGUCGGAAUUCUGACUUAUUUUCCAGAUGUUGAACUGGGAUGUUGAAUCUCAAUCGAGACAAAUUAGAAUGAUGUAGUGCCAAUACCAAACGAAAAUACCACUUUGGCCAAACCUCAUAUUGAGCUAUCCAACAAAUUUUGAUUACUUCUGAGUAAAACAAAUUUUGGUUGCCAUGAGUCGAAGAGAGUAUGCAUUAACAAAAACAUUAACAAAAAAUCACUGGAAGGAAUUGAAAUUGAUUCUCUUGAAAAAAAGUUGAUCUGAAUAAUUUAAUACAGGGUGAUUCGUCAAGACGUUUUUCUUUUAAUCUGGUAAAAAAAAAGAAAAAUAAAGUAAAUCGCGAAUUAUUUAUUUGUCAAUCGAAAGAACAUUUUUUGCCAUUUAUUGUUUGAAAACAAUUUCUUUUAAAUGUUGACCAUGUUGGCACUUCAGGUAGUCCAUUCGACUGGUCCAAUUUUUGAUGAUGGAUUCGAGUAUUUCAAGCGGUAUCUGGCUAAUUACUCGAGUAAUGUUGAUUUCCAAUGCUUGGGGAUGUCACCGCCGCUAUGUUUUCUUCUCUACGUGCUGGAUGUGGUCGAUUUGCACGCUAAUCAUCCAAUAACAAGAACUACAACGCUUACUUUUUGGUUGUAUGGCGAAUAGUUGAGUCAAUUGGCCGAUGAUGUCGACCAUAUUAUGGUUGGAGUUCACUAAACACAUUUCCCACAGAUCGCUGAUUUUUGAAAUAUAGUUAAAUAAUUUGAAGAUGGUGAGCCAGUGUAAGUCGUUCCAUUAUGAAAUGGCAAACAAUACUAAACUACAAUAGCAUGACAGUUUGCAGUUAGUACCCGUUAACUACUAGAAAACGCCCUGUUAAAAAACUUCAUGUUGAACCACCCUGUAUAUGCCAAGGUUUGAGACUAAAAUUAAGGACAUUUGAAGUAAAAUAAGGACGCUUUCCAAAAACCUCGAAAAUAAGGACAUGUCCUCUAAAAUAAGGACGGUUGGUAACCCUACCUAUAUGCAUCGAUGAUUCCGAAAUAGUAUCCACCAUUUAUCGCACCCGCAUUAUGUGCAUGAAUUCGCUGUCUUGGACUAGUAGUUGACGGCCAAGAUUCUGGUGUUACUUUAGAUGGGGACCGUUCUGCGGACGCAGUGAUGACAAACUUUGAUGAAACUGACCAUCACACACAGCUGCGUACGACUGUUUGCAUUCGUUGCACUUCCGGGUGACCCUUGUGGAGUUCAUUGAAGCACCUCUUCCGGUAGAGUUCAGGGAUCACGGUCUUGUCUCCGAACAUGACACAAUCGUCCGUAUCUAGUUUGGGUUUAGACCAGCAAUCUGGGAUGAAAUGGUACAGGCUACGACGAAAUCUUCGUCUGGUUUAACCUACUGAUUGAUCAGUCGGGACAGUACAUCGGAAUCCUUGAACAUGGUUGUCGGGAAGUAUUCCACGGAGAAGUCGUAGGAGAGCAAUGUACGGGUCUAACAAUGAAGCUGUUUGAAAGUGUAAAUUGGGCCCAAUGAUUCGUUGUAGCGGUGUAUGAUCCGUUUGAAGGCGGGAUCGCCUACUAGACAAGAACUUGUGAAACUAUCUUACAGGAUAGAGUGUUGCCAAUCCUUCGCAAUAUGGUUGAGAAUAUCGUUGUACUGCAGCUUGUUUUAUAGUAAGGUUUAAAAAGCUUCAAAAGUCUGGCUUGUGAUGUAUUGGCACCUUGUGGGACUCACCACUCACUUUCGUGCCUAACCACUGAAAGCACUCCUUACUUUUUUCGUCAUUCCACGGAACUGUAUCAAAAUAUUACUUCAUGGGGGCUUCUUGUCUCCAUUUAUGACGUCGUCAUUUAGCUCUCGUACCAGUGAUCCUUUUAGAUGCUGAUUCCAUGAGCCAUUUAGCUUCUGUUUUCAUGAAUCAUUCAGCUCCUGCCUAAUCAUGAUCUACUCGGAUAAUCGCCGGCGGUGAACUCUGAAUGUGAGAUCUCCGACGGAGGAACUUUUCCCGACACCGCUAUCUAUCUAGGAAACGAGUUAUUUAGCUCCCGGCUUUAUCGAGACCUACUCGGAUAUUAUCCGCCUGAGAGUUCCCCGGUAGCGGAAUUUCUCUCGGCACCAACGUCUGUCGAUGAGAAAUCCGGCGGUAGAUUUCUCUCAAUACCGAUGUUCGUUUCCGUGAGCAAAUAGCUCCCCGCUUCGUCACGAUCUACUCAAUCUAGUCCCCAUCGAUAGACCCUAGCCUAGGUGCUGAGGUCUGUUCAGCGACUCCGGGUGCAGCGCAGCUUCCGAUUCAUUGGCGCCUCAACGAUUCACUGCUAGCUAUUCAACGCGAUCUACUCGCUUUAAUCCCCGGCGAAGGAUCUACCUUACUCACGAGAUACCCGCUAGGGUGUCGAGUUCGGUCCGGCGAUUCCAGUCAAGCUUGAUGUCCGGUUUACUGGCACUCCGACGACCCGCACCCGGUACUACGUCGCGUACUACUCAAUUGAGCCUGGUGUACACCGACGGAGAGUUCCCCAGUGGCGGAAUUUCUCCCGAAACCCGAGUUAUGGUUUCACGGCGGCUUUCUAGCCGACGGCGAUACUUUGUUGAUCCCUUUACCAUUUUCUCUGUAGCUCGGACAGUAUACUCGUAAACACUGUUGACUGCAUCCCAGAUAUGCUCCUCGUGGCACAUCUCUUUGACGAUAUUCACCCUUAUUCUUGUUUACGACGAAAGCGAGAUUCGUUCGAAAGCGUUUCGAACGAAUAGUAGGGGAAUUGUGGGAAAAACCGACACUGUGGGUAAAACCGACACCCCACAACAUUUCCUAGAAAUCAAAUUUUUAUUCAUUUCAUAAUGAUACAUUAUUAUUAGUACGUUUAUUUAGAGCAUUUGAAGAAAAAUUGGAUUUACGUUAGUACGCCGAAUGUAAUAAAAAUAAACAAAACAUACGACAGCAGCGUUCAUACUCGUCUGGAUGUUAAAUUUCGUUGGUAGAUUUUAAGGUUUUAACCGAACAAAAGCUUUUCCAAUCACACCAUUUUUCAGUACCUAUUAUUAUCGGCCUGUCCUAUGAUCAACUAGGUGCAUUGAAGACGAGUUUGAGAAAUUCAUUAUUUUUAUCGCUUUUAUAAAAAAAAUGUGCGCUGUUGGGGUAAAACCGACACCCUAUGGUUAGGGUAAAACCGACACGCUGUUAAGAUGGUUGUGUAUAUUUGCGAUUCAUUUCGAAAUACUGGGGAUCUUUGUGACACUUCAAUUAGCCUAUUAGAACACUAUAGUAUCAACAGAAAUGCACAGAAAUACUUUUAUUGUGUUUAUUUCUUGUAAGUCUCUUUAAAAAUCAAAAAUUGGAAUUUUUGCUUAUCUGAUUCUAUCGAAGCUGUAGCUAUUUCUGCAAAAAGCUCAUCAAACCGAAUUUCUAGUGUUCUCUUCGUUUGUCAUAGACGAACUUUAUCACAAUGAGACAGUGAUCUUAUGUAUACCCCAAUAGAUCGUUGAUGAUCAGAGUCCGAAAAAUCAAAUCUGAAAAAGAUAGUUUUACUAAGAAGUGUGUGUGUGUGUCACUUAUAAGUGAAUGAAUCCAAUUAGCAGAAGGUAGAACGCUUGCAAAUCUUCUCUUACGAAAUAAUAUGAAACUGGAGGUUGCAACGAUGUGCGCAAGGAUUAUUUGGAAAUACUCAUCAAUAAAUAAUCCUAUAGCAUAAAAUACUCUUAUUUAUAGUACUACGAUUUCCAACUUUCUUCCCCUCACUACAUGAUGAAACAAUAAAAAGCACAUAUUUGCAUCAUACAUACUCACACUUUAUUAUUCACGCAUACAUCUCAUGUUUAAUAAAGAUAAAGAUUUUAAUAAAGUGGAGAGAAAAUAAAUUAAAGGGUGUCGAUCUUACCCCUAUAGGGUGUCGGUUUUACCCGCAGUGCCUACAAAAAGUCACUUUGUUUUCCAAGUUUUACAACCAAUAAUUUUUAAUGAAAUUAAUUUUUUGAAAUGCUGAAAAAAUUAAGUCUUGUUAAGAAUUUUCUUAAGAAGAAUUCUGCAUAAAAACUAUAUUUUUUUUUGGUUUGGUGGCAACUUAGAAAAAUUGUUAAGCUUAAGGUAUCGAUUUUAACCAUAAUUCCCCUAAGUCCAUUUGAUUUUGCUGUCGUAAAUGGGACCACAAACCACUUUCGAACGAAUCUCGCAUUCGUCGUAAACAAGAAUAAGGGUGACUGUCUCUUUCUUGUUGAGCUGAACCGUUGAAUGACACUUCACAUGCAAACUCGUACCGCAAACACGACUCGUUCAUCUGAUGCCGAUUUGGAAAUUUGCGUCGCCGAGCCUACUUUUGGGCUACCAAGUACUCACUUGGAGAUUAUGGUGAUGUUUGAUGCUGUGUUCAGUUGCAGGCGUACUGGACCGCUGGUGAUUUCCACCCGCACGAAGCUUCGUUUGCUUUGAACAUUUCCGACCGAGAGAGAGACAGAGAGAGAGAGAGAGAGAGCGAUUGUUUUGGUGGAAGACUUUCUGCUCACUAUGUUGUCUCGGUGUCUUGGAUGACCGUUUUGCAAUUGAGCAGAAGGGUUUCUUGUGUCGAUAGUUCCGGAAACUGACGUGCCUUACGAAAUGCAUUCCACCACAGUUCCAGCAAGUCGCUGUCGCUGCAGUGUCGCUGAUCUCUUUUUGACGUCUUCCGACUUCUCCGAUACUUUCCGCCGCUUCUUCGUUCAUUUCCAAAACUUUCUCGUUUGAGAUCGUCCGGCCUUUACCGUAUGCACUUGUCAACACCGUGUCGUUUUUUUCAAAUUGAUUAGAUGCUUACACUUUUUGAUAAUUGCCUCCAAGGGAACAUUAUUGGUGUUGUCUUCGGUUGGUACUUUUGUGUUGGAUAGUUUACUAUAGUUGCUUAAGCAGCUUUCAAGUUCCAAGCUUGAAAUGUCGCUAGGAACUUUAUAUGAACUUUAAAGUGUGCUUUUUAAGUAUUAUUCGAAUUUCUGGUUGCUUGGGCGCUGACCUGGAUUGAUGAUGCAUUCCAAAAAAGCGUCUCCGGCUGCUACAAGAAUCCAUGCUGCUGUUGUGUAGGUUCACGCUCUUGUUGGGAUAGCUGGUUUGUGACAGCCUGUUGCUGCUGGAGUUGUUGCAAAAUUUGUACAAUUAUCGCGUCUGUUGGAAGCUGCUGCUAUUGUGGAUGGAGCGGACGCCCAUUUUGAUGCUCAUUUCUACUGGUUGAAUUGAUCGUGGUUUUGUCCUUCCGCUGUGCUGAAUGUACGCUUUCUUCUUUUGUUCGGUGGUAACGUGUCGCGCUAGUGCACUGAGUGCACGAUGCUCUGGAAAUCUAGUGAAAUCGUCUAAGGGCACCAGCGGCUGCUCGUUCAGUGGGCCAUAAGCGCGACUUCCGGAGGGUUAAGUUCCGGGGGGUGUCACUCCUGUCAUCCGCUAUGGAGAUAUACAGACUUUGAUAGUAGUCAACAUAUGUGGGCCUAGCCGCUUCUAGGCCCAUGUCGCCCGUGCAAUAGCAUUGGGUUAUUUUGAUUUCAACAAAAGCAGAUGUUGGCUAGGACAAAAUUGCUGCCUAGCAGGGGCCUGGUUAAGUCCCUUAAGGACAUUAUACAAGCGAGCCACAAUAUAGCUCCUACGUCACACACACCCCUCUCCCCUGUCUAGCCAUGUAUCUGACAUGAGCAAAUAUAAAAAUACGUUUUUCAACACACUGACCUUGCCGGUGUGCCACGAAAGUGCAACUUGAGGAAGCUAGAACAUUUUCCUAUGCAAUAAACCCGAGUUUUUGACGUAAUGCUCUCUGCAGUUCUUAUUUUGUGCGAAAAUAUCACCCCUCUUCACUUGGGGUUUCUUUUCGGAGAACUUUUAUUUUUCUUUUUUCUAUUUUAUUGCACUUUUUUAAAUGCACUGUAAUCGCACACCACUGCACAAAACACCCAAACACAAACAUUAAUCGCUCACAAACAAAACUUCAAAUUUUCUGCCACUCUGCAGAUGACCGAAGGAAAAUGUCCGAAAACUCAUUUGUGCGUUUGAAUUUUCACUUCGAGUUCCAUUUUUUCUCAAUGUUGACAAGCGAGUCGGUGCCUAGCAACAAGCGUGCGUUCCUGGCUUCCUCAUAUCUUCACCUCAACACAGGUAUUCUACCAUUUAAUUCCAUUAUGCUUAUUGUGAAAUUGCACUUGCACUACACGGUAAAAAAACUUUACCCAUUUUAUGUAUUCAAAUUGCCCAUUUUCGGAAGUUAUUCAAGCUGUCAAAAAUGGGUAUUUUUUGUUUCUAACAAUGUGUACUUUUUAUCCAUUUCACAACUACUCGAUGAGGUAAUGUCGAUGGGUAUAUUGAUCUUAACAAUGGGUGAAAACUCUUUAAGAAUUAUUUCAAGCAAGUUAACCUGCUAACUAAGGAUCGUAGUGGAACCUGCAAAUUAUCGGCCUGCAUCGGAGUCCGUGGUGGAAACGGAACAUUUCAGCAAUGCUCCGAAAACAACGGCUGUUUAGACUACUGAGGAUGUUGCAAAUAUGCACUAGUUCGGCAUUUUUAGAACAGCCAAAAGAUUCAGCCAUCAAAAAUAUGUCCAGUUGGCGGUUUUAUUUUGUUAAGGAGUUUUGGAAUAGGAUCUCUAUCUAGAUUCCUAUACUUUUGUAAGGAGUCAAUAAUGUGAAAUGAGUGUUAUUUUAUGUUUUUUUUUUUAAUUCAGAACAAUUCUAUUGACAGUAUUUUUAAUUCUGGCGCGAUUUUCAUAAAUGGGUAUUUUUUACGCAUUUUGUUGUAACAAUUCUGCGAAAAAUAAUGGGUAAACUAUACCCAGGUUGACGUACAAGGUCUGUACUCAUUUAUGGGUACAAACUCUUUACCAAUUUAAUGAGUUAUUCCACUUUUAUUGAAAAUGCGUAGUUUUCUACGCAUUAAUGGGUACUUUAUUUUAUCAGUGUACACUAUAUAACAGAGAUGGGUGUUUCGACACCUACUUGUAAUCUUCUUCAGUGUUUGUAUCAGUGUGCAAUUCAGGGAUGUCAAAUGCACAGAAUAAUCUGUGUUUGACAGAUUUGCAAUGUGCUCCACAGAUUGUUAAAACAGCACAGAUGUCAACAGUUUUUUGUUAUAAUGCACGGACUAACACAUAUUUCUCAAUUUUUUCCAUGUUUUACCUCGUGCGAAAACUAAAAAAUCUCGUAAAUUUUUGUUUUAAGACAAACUUUUAUGUUUUUCUUUAUACAGAUUUUCACAUACUUUACUAAAAAAUAUUACAUUGCAUCCCUGGUGCAAUUCCACUAAAAGUUAACAUAUUAAGGGUUAUCAAUGACCCCAACAUUAGGAAAAAACGAAAACCUAGGGAUACCAUUUCUGUAUUGAUCUGAGCAACCUUGAAAUUUAGUUCGAAGUAGGUAUGAUUCGAUUUGUUCUCUUUUGCGUGUAUUAAUUACAAAAUAAGUUCGUGUUGAAAGAAAUAGACUAGUGUGCGAUUUUUAUUUUUAAUUCUAGAGAAACUAAUGAUUAGAGUGUAUUAACCAAUCAUUAAAAUUCACUCUGAACGGAAACUCCGGACAAACCGUUACUCGUCAAUCACAUCCGAUAGUGAUAGUGAAUAAAAAAGAUACAAGUUUUCUCUUCCGUUGACUGCUGUGAACUUUGCUCGGCCAAUGAUGGUUUGUCCUGAAUUCCUGCUCAAAGUUUAUUUUGAAAGUGGACUUCCUCGUUCUAAUUAUAAGCUUGUUGAGAAUGACUGCAUACAGUGUACUGCGAAUCGGAUCCCUUGUUUGAAUUCCAGUAGAUAAAAAACAGUAAUUUAGAUUGGAGUAUAAUAGCGGCAAAGCAUUAGACAACAUAUUAUCUAGUUCUAUUUAACGUUGAUGUGUUUGUAUAAUAGUAAUAAAGCAAUCGAGAGAAACUGAAAUCAGUAACCUAACAUGUAGCAUAGCGGGUAACAUUUCUUGUAAUUACCAAGGUAAAAAAAACCAAAACGCAACGCACUAUUUGAAUUGAAUGUUUGACUUUUCGAUGAUUGAGCCCCUGGGCAACAUCACUAAACAAUAACAAAAAUUGAACAUAUACACACACAAAACAAAUAAUAACAGAGAAUUUAACAUUACAGCAGUAUCCGAAACUUGUCUGUAUUUUUCGCCUUUGUGAAUGUUGUGUGUAAAAAGGUUCCGAUAACAUAUUUAUGAACGAUACAAAUAUCAACAAUAAGGGAUUGAAUGGACAAAACAUCGCAGUAGAAAUCGUACUAAUGGGAGGUGACUAUUUUAACCAAUAGAAAGUAGAACACAGUCAAACCGUAUUGUGCGGAAUAGCGAGCAGUAGGAAUUAGAGCAUAAAAGUGAUACUUAACAGAUAGAGAAUGAAUAAGCAAAGGUCGACCAGUAGCACUUUAUGAAAAGGGAAUCUCCAAAGUGAGCGAAAUCUUUUAGAUAUUUAUCAACACUCGACUGUACUGUUAACCGUAAGAUGCCGUGUAAAUAAAGUAAUUUAUUAUCGUUUGUAGAUUUGUGUUCCAUAAAACCCCUAGUUUCGAUAAUUCAAAUGACAAUCAAUGAACGAGUGGGCAUUUCAAAUCAUUUUAAAUGUUCAUUUCUCGACAUACUUACAAUUAUUUUCUCGUAAAAUAGUAAUCUUGCCUUAUUUCUCUCAUUUCAUUCGAUUUAUGGAUAUACAACCAAAUAGUUUAAAUUUUCAAACGAAUUAAACACUUAUGACGCUGUGAACAAACAAAUUUAAAUUGGAAUUGGUGGCUAUCCAAACAAUUGGACUUGUAAAUUUGAAUCAAGGAAAAAUCAACUUUUUCUAUCUCUAUGUGCCUUGUGUAUAAAAAUCUUUACUUUAAAAUAUAUUCAUCACCGGGAACCUUCAUCUAUCAGCAGAAGAUAACAAAACCAGCAUACUAAUAACGCAGAAUAAGAAACAACCUUUAGACAAAUUUGAAGAAUUCUGCUAGCAUUAAUGAAAUAAGAAAUAAACAGAAAAUCGAUAACACCAUUCCACUUGUGACGCCGUAAGGUUAAUAAUAUAUUGAUGAGUGUUAACUGUUAAGUGAUACGAUUAGGAAAGAAAAACUAUCUCGUUAUAUGAACCACUCUCACCGAAUUUUCCCCUCCAACCAUCUUAUGACCCAUAAACCAAAACUAUUUCCCUUCACGAAUAAGAUCGAGUCUGCAGCUAUAUUAUAACGUAAUACAUAUACAUAUACAUACAUUCUAUAGUAAUAUGAGGAAAAACUUUGGGUUUCAUCUCCGAGCAGAAUAACUUUUGAGAUAUCUCUUACUUUUUACCAAUUCUAGCUUCUCCCGGAAAGAAGAAGAAAACAACUGUACAUUUAAACAAAACAGUAUCUAAUUGUGACUACAAACAAACGCAACGUUGGUAGAAUUAUAACAGAAAAUAAAACUGUUUCAAUGAUCAGCCACGUUGGGCGAUAGAGGGAUGAAGUUACCUAAUAAGACCGGCGCAUUGCUGUAGAGAGAAACAUUUCGGAUCGAAUAAAUAAGAUGCCAAUCAAAAGAUAUCCCCAAGCCAAUGGCGAAACAUAAACUCGAUUCGUUGCUUUAAAAAAAGAAAAAAGGAACAAUCCUCAAUAAUUGACGAUUUUAGAAACAACAUUGUUGGGCAUUGAAACUUGAAACGAGGUUGCUACAUAAGAACACUCCAAUAAUAGUAACAUGGCAUAAGGUCAUUUGAUAUAAUAAUCAUUUGACAAUAAGUAAUUUUGUAUAAUAAUUUGGUCGUUUGGCUUGAGGUUGUUAUGAUGCAUGGGCAUUUGGCGUAACGGUUGUUUAAAUAUUUGUUCAUGUUACUAAAAACGGAAUAUUGAUAACUGAUUUUCCAGUGGAAAUAAGUCGAGUUUUCAACUAGCUUACCAGAAAGAAAUAUUACGACAAUAUAAUGCUAAUUUUGAUAACGUCCUCAUAUCAGAAUGUGGUCCCUUCACAAAUAUAACGAGAAAAGAGAUUCAUAUCUUUUUUUGGAAUAAAACUACUUUCUUUAAUUUGACAUUUGUGUAGUACAUUUGAAAUAUUGGUGCAAGCCAAUACAUGUAGGGAUCCUGGAAAACGGCAGACGUCCGCCUCCAAUUUUUCUUUUCAAUAUUAAAGUUAGGGGACAUAUGGUAUGUGACAAAAUCAUUAAGGUGGCCAGGCCAACUGUGCAGUUUACAAAACUAUGUAGAAGAUGAUUAAAAAAUAUGCGGCAAUCAAAUUAUCCAUUCGGUGGAGAAUUUCACCAAACAAUUACAUCUCAAAUAAGGAAGAAACGAGAACAACCGUACCGACCGUUUCACUUUGAAGAGGGGUUGAUGAAUUAUUAGGAGCGACUUGGCUAAAGAGUUCAAUAUUUCCACCUAGGUCCUAAGUUCCUGACAUGGGACAGAGGUAUUUAUAUCUGUCUUUGCUAAUGAGCCUAGGUUUUAGCGCCUUUACUCGCCUUGUCAAAUAAUGAAAGAGAACCAAUCGCCCCCUAAUACCUAUGCGGUUAUUCGGGACAGUAAAAUUUACCUAAAGUCUUCUUAAGAUUUACUAUGUUUUGGUCUGGUGAGACAAAGUUUAUUCGGAGCUUGUAACAGAUGAUGUUGCCUUUUUCCUAACAUACGAUUUAGAAAAUAGUCCUUGUUGAUAUAGAUUUAGUUCCUCCACAUGAUUAAAACCAUUCUUAAUCGAUUUCCAUCAUAAUUUCUGAGCGUUCACUAGAGCCACCAAAUAAAAAUUAAAAAAAUAAAAGAAUCUAUGAGGUGUGGUAACUAUCUAAACGAUACACGCACACUUUUAUAUUCCACCAAACUGGUUACGAAUGCUGCAAUUAGGCCACGAAGGCCAUCCAGGCCGUACUAAAAUGCAACAACGGUUAAGAUAUUCCUGUUGGUGGCCAGGUAUGGAUGAAGCCAUAGUUCGCAUCGUAGACUCUUGUGAAGGUUGCCGUGUAGUAAGUCAACCGGACCGACCAGAGCCAAUGCAGAGAAGAAAACUACCGGAGGCACCACGGAUUGACGUAGCUAUUGAUUUCCUCGGACCCUUGCCCUCCGGAGAUUAUCUUCUUGUGAUAAUCGAUUAUUUUAGUCGCUACAAGGAAGUAGAAGUUCUUCGGAAAAUAACAGCUGGUGAGACCAUUGCCAGGCUUGAAAGUAUUUUCGUUAGGCUAGGCUAUCCGAAAACAAUUACUCUUGACAACGGACGACAAUUCGUAGGCAUGGAGUUCGAGGAGUAUUGCCAACACCGCGGAAUAUUUUUGAACAAAACCACUCCUUAUUGGCCACAAGAGAAUGGUCCUGUCGAACGACAGAAUAGGUCGUUAGUUAAAAAGUUGAAAAUCAGUCAAGCUCUCAAGCAAGAUUGGAAACGGAAUAUUUUGACGUACUUGUCAAUGUAUUACUCAACGCCACACACUACUACUGGAAAAACUCCAACUGAAUUGAUGUAUGGAAGAAAUAUUCGUACAAAAUUCCAACGUUGCAGGAUUUCGGAACCAUGGUACCGUGUACGGAUUAUAAAGAUCGGGAACAAACGAUGAAGGAACAGAGUAAAAUUGCAGAAGAUUUGCGGCGACAUGAAAAACCAUCAAAAAUAGAAAUCGGCGGGAAAGUUUUAAUGAAAAAUAUCCGGAGAACAAGCUCACCCCGACGUUCGAUCCAGCUACUAUGACAGUUAUUUAGAAGCACGGGCCAAGAGUUACAAUUAAAAAUGAUGAAACGGGAAGGGUAUAUGAUAGGAAUUAGAGUCAUCUGAAAUUGAUCACGCCGACUGAUAACGGAAGCAAUCAAGAUUCAGGAGCAGCACCUGGUGAUUAUGGAACUAAAGAAACAGAUGAACUCUCAGGGCAGCUAGUAGGAACGUGGGACGCUACUCAACAACCUCCGACAAACGAAGCAACAGUAGAAGAUGCACCAAUCACCAGAGGAAGAGUCAGUCGGGAAAUUAAGAAGCCGUGUCGCUACAAUGAUUGUCUAAUGGAUUAUUAGUUUUGAACAUUUUAAAGAAAGGGAAAUGUGGUAACUAUUUAAACGAUACACGCACACUUUUAUAUUCCACCAAUCGCCACACCUGAAAUGUAUAUAUUAUUGAUACGAGUAACGAAUGAAUAAACUUGAGCUCGCGUGCGUUUAUUUGAUUCUUUCACAUUAUUACAAGAGGCAUAAAAUUUAAGCAAGAAUCCAAUGGAUCGAAUUCUGGAUCCAGUCGCCCAAUGCCACACUGCAGCUAGACUGAUUAUGUAAGGUGGAGAAAUACAAGUGUUAUCAACUUACUGGUUGACACAUUACCCUCGAUAAUGAAAUCCUCAAUGAACCAAACGUACAAUAACACUUGAAGAAUAAUUGCCAAGAAAGAAAGAUAAAAGUAUAAAAUAUAACUAGAACGGUCUCACCGGAAACAAAUAUGGAGUCCAAAACACUUCGAACAAACCGAGCAUUAACUUUAUUUCACCACUUCGAGAUCGUUCUAUUCCUUUUGCGGUGCGUUUGGCGCAUUCCACGACUCGUUUUCUUAAUUUUUCUCCAAAGAUAUAUCAACUUUUACCACAUUUUUUCCGAAAUUAAAAAUUGACGGCAGCGAAAACUUUUCACGCCCGACACUCAUGGCUACUACGAUUCGAAUUCUUGAAAGUUUCAUCUCGAUACGUGUAAACGUUGUGCUAGAUGGAAGACGAGAUCAGAAAAUUGAUCCUGCAAAUCACUGUCGAAAACACGACGUAGUCAAUUCGAAAUAUCAUGUGUUCCAUGUACUUGAGAGUGUGACCUGGAAAGCUUAAAGCAAAUAUCGUACUGGAACUUCGGUUCGGAAACUGAGUUGGAAGGUGUUGAGGUCGAUCAAUGGAAAGUCAGGGCUCUCGUAUUGGUAUGUUACAAAAAUACGGUGCCAACUAGUUUUAGUUCCCUACGGAAAAUCUUUCUUUGAGCAGGUCCUUGUUCAUUCCGUGCUUUCGAGCAAUCUAAUAGGACGAUGAAGCAGAAUUUAAUGGCCAGAACGCAUUCGAUCUCAUUGGCUUUUUGUACGUCCUGGUUCUAACGAAGUACAGAGGAUGGACGCGAAAAUCUUAUAUAUUUCAUGUAGGUUCUGGAUCACAUUAUUUAUUUGGUGAUGUUUCCUGCAAAUUCUAGUCUGCUUCCACCGGAAAUUUCUCCUGUAACUAAGAACUUGGCAAAGGAAUUUACAACUGCAGAUCAAUCCAAUUUUUUCGGCACCAACAACACCGUAAUACCAUGACAGUAAGGUGGAGUUCGUCAAAUAGAAGAUCAAUCCAUCCAACUGAUCGCAAUUCCAUUUAAUCGAAAUCAAGAAUCAGAAUAUUUUGGCUCAAAUGGUACGUUCCCUGCAUGUAAUUGGGGAUUUGUACCUUUCUUGUCUUCUCUUCAUUUCCCUGGUGGGAAGGAAAGGAGAAGGAGGAGGGUAGAAUUGAAAAGGUUUGAAAAAUGGCAGAUCAACAACAAAUAGCCGGUAACCAGAAUUAACAAGUUGUUCUCUGAGUUUCAGUCAUCCAAACUAGGUGUCGUCUAUUGUAUGGACGGACGAAAACCUGAAAUCGCAAUUGCGUUGCUGCUGGACAGCUGCAUAUCAUAUGAUAUGAGGUUCUGUAGUCUGAUUCACAAAGAUCACAUGAAAAUGAUUCAGCGCGCGCCAUAUGGUAAUUGAGUUUGCAGUGGUCGGGUAAAAUGCUGGCCAGCAUACCGCAAUGAUGUUUCAAAAAAUGUAAGAGAUUUUUCGAAAUCACAAGGCACGGUUGCUCUAUAAACGCCUUUGUUUUGUGACAACUUAUCGAAAUUGGCAGGGCGGGCUCAGGACCAGUAAAGUUAUUUUAGUAAAAAAAAAACAAAUUUGUCGAGAUUAGAGCAUGUUUCGCAACGCUGUAAUUUAUGUGGAAGUUUCAAAGUAGAACUGUAUUCCUCCUUAAAAUAGCACUAAGUACUAUUCAAUAUAAAUAAUUAAUCCCCUAAAUUAAUUUAUUUAUAACCAAUAAACAACUAACCCCCUUAUCGCGAGCAAAUUCUCAUGGGUUUAUACACCAUACAACCCCAUAAAAAUACCAUGAACAAGGUCCGUGCCAAAUUUUACAAUCAUAAAAACACCAUAAAAUGGUCUUAAAAUCCAUAAAUACACCAAAAUAUGGCUUUUAAAUGCGUUGUUCCGGACCAUGGUGAUGGUAUUUUCAUGGGUUGAACACAUUCCAGACACUAUCAAAGCACCAUGCAGUGGUGGUGAAUUUGGACCAUGAUCAUGGGAGAAUUAUGGGCUUUUUCCUGGCUCGGGUUACCGAUACGGUUACAUGAAUGUGAUUGAUUCCUAUACCACUUCUAUACUGUCCAUAGUCUAAAUGCAUUUAAAACAUAAUUAGGUACAUAAAGCAAUGAAACGAGCAUAUGCAAACUAGUGCCAUUCUUUUGGGGAUUGUGUGCCGAAGGUGAAGAUGACACCUUAUACCGAUCUGUAACCGCCAUUUGUACAAAGCCAUUUUGAAGAGGAAAAAUAACAGCGGAAUUGGAAAGUAUUGUAACCGCUGCAGGAAGGUAUCCGCGCGGCGUAGACUGGACUGUUGGAUUGGUAGAAAACAGAUAACUAGCGAACCAUCUACUCUGAUAACAAGAUAACAAUAAUGCAUACAUACAUAUAUAAACACACAACAAGAAACUUCUCUAUUUAGUGAAAUUGAUUAGGUGUUGACUAGUAUUAUGGAACCAAGAGGAAACAGUUAUAAACCAAAUGAGAAAAAGCAUGGAAUAUUGUCGUGAUGCAACAUUGUAUGGCUACACACAUGAAAUAAACAGAAACUUAAAGAAACGGA